AUGGAACCUGAAAAUACGGAGUCUGAAAAUACAGAAACUGAAAAUAUGGAAACUGAAAACAUGGAAUCUGAAAACAUGGAAAUUGAAACCAUUUCUUCAGUUUCAGCCCUGCAAGCUCUCUCUAAGCUACUUUAUCCUGAAGAGGAUGAUUUUGAGGCUGGACAGCCAAAUUGUUCAUCUGCUUUUGGAGCCAUGGGUCCUGGGAAUAUUGGACCACCAAGAAUAGAAGAACUCAAAGUCAUCCCUCAAAACAGUGAUGAAAAUGUCGAGGAUAUCUGGAAUCCAGAGGAAGUUCCAGAGGGAGCAGAGCACCAUGACACGUGGGAUGUUAGAGAAAUACCAGAGGAUAUGAGCCUUACUCCAUCUCCAAGUCUCACUGAGAAUGAGGUUAAAAUUAAACUGCCGAAUACAAACCCUUCUGAAAUUCAAAUUGAUAUCCAGGAAAUGAUCCUUGACCUUCGCACUCCUAAUAAGAAGCUGUUGAUAACCCUUCCCCACCCUGUGGAAUGCAACAGUGCCAAAGCUUUCUAUAUCCUGGAGACGGAGACUCUUGAAGUCGCCCUAACAAUGAAAAGAGACUUGGAUUUCAUUAACUUCUUCUGA